CAGUGGAUUCGUGUAUCCCAGUGGAACUGAAGUUUUCACCGACGCUGACAAUGUAGCGGCUUGAAGAUGAAAGCACGUCAGUUGGAAGCAGGGAUUUCCUGUUAAAACUCUUUAAUGUAUAAUAUUCAACUUUAUUUUGUUUUUCAAGGACACAAGGAGACCCGUGGGGGAAGUUGAUGAAGUCCCCGCCUGGCGUGGGGCGAAGAGACUAUUGCAGGGCUUCAGUCAGAAAGUGCACGAGAUCAUUUUGCCGAGUGAUAAGGAGCGAGGGAAAUUGAUUUUUCACCUUUUUUUUCACCCAGCGUCUGAAGUUUUUGCUGGGUUGAGAAAAGAAUGGAGACGCGGAUAGCUCUCCAUAGAUUCUUCGGACUUGUCAUCUUUUCAGUUUUAAUACUGAAUCUGAUAAAUGUCGCCGGCGGCUCCAGGGUGUGGGGUGACGUCGCUCUGCCCGAGGACCUGGAGGCCGGCCAGGGGGACCGGCGGUGGAGGCGGUUUCUCGCCGAAUCCGACGACGAGGACUUCGCUCUGGAGGACUACUCGGGAGAGGGACCCAGCGGCGAGGAGGACGGGAGCACCCCAGAACCCACCGAUAUCGGGGUGGAGGUCACGCCCACGCCCACGCCCACGGCCACGCGCAUCCCCACGCCCACGGCCACGCUCGUCUUCGCCACAAUCUACUACCGCGCCCUGGUCAACUUCACACGCUCGAUUGACUACAGUCCCGAGCUGGAGGACAUAUACUCUGACAACUUCCAGAAGGUCGCGGACGUCAUUGUGGACAAGCUGGAGUCUCUGUACAGCAAGGUCGCAGGGGUCCAGACUAUCAGUGUGGUCCUCAUCAAGAAGGUGGGCGCCAGCGUCCUGGUGGAGCUGGACGUCGGCUCGGACUACAAUUCCAACGACAAGGAGAUCCGCAACGUCCUGUACACGGCCGUGAAGAAGGGCACCGUCGCCCCGUACACCACCUCCGUGGAGGGGUUCCAGUUCCGCCGCCUGGGAGAAGUGGUGCCCAGUCGCCGGGCCUGCAUGGAGGAUGAGUUCAUGUGCCUGGACGGGAACUGCAUCUUGCUGGAGUACCUGUGCGACAAGCGUCCCGACUGCGUGGACAUGAGCGACGAACUGGACUGCGACCAAAUCACUUCUCCUGAUGCCAGUCCCACUCCUACCGUUACACCCCCAGACCGCAGGCCCCCGUCGCCCCCGAUGCCCGGCCCGUGUCGGCUGGACCAGGCCAGGUGUCCCAGUGGUCAGUGUAUCCCCCGGGACUACCUGUGUGAUGGAGAGAAGGACUGUCCCGACGGCAGCGACGAGAUCAAGUGUGGAACCCCCUCCCCCUGUGAGCCCAACGAGUUCAAGUGCCAGAACGGCCGCUGCGCCCUGAAGCUGUGGAGGUGUGACGGGGACAACGACUGCGGGGACAACUCUGACGAGCAUUACUGCCCCACCAAAGGCCCGGGAGACACCUGCGCCCCGGAGCAGUUUGUGUGCCUGGGUGACAACACCUGCAUCCCGGCCAGCUACCAGUGCGACGAGGAGCCCGACUGCGCCGACCGCUCGGACGAGGUGGACUGCGCACCCCCUGUUGUGACCAACCCCCCAGAAGAGAUGAUCACGGUGCCGCGUGGGGAAACGGUGACCUUCACCUGCGUGGCCGUGGGUGUCCCCACCCCCAUGAUCACCUGGAGGCUCAACUGGGGUCACAUCCCCUCCAGCAGCAGAAUCUCCAUGACCAGCGAAAACGGUCAGGGCACCUUGGUCAUCCGGGACGUGAAGGACGCGGACCAAGGAGCGUACACCUGCGAGGCCAUCAACGCCAAGGGCAUGGUGUUCGGCAUCCCCGACGGGGUUCUGAGUCUCAACCAGAGAGCAGCUAACUGUCCCGACGGGCAAUUCGGCGUGGCCAGAAACUCGCGCUGCGUCCCCUGCUUCUGUUUCGGCGUCACCAAGACCUGCCAGGGCACCAGCCGUCACCGCAGCCAGAUCAAGCUGCACUUCGACAAAGAAGGCGACUUCAAAGGGGUCAACGUGUCGUUCCCCUCCCGGCCGGCCACGCCCCCCCUCAUGACUAACCAGUACCAGAUCGAUCCGGAAUCUCGGGAGUUCCAGCUUGUGGAUUUGUCCCGCCGGUUCCUGAGCCUGGACUCCCAUUGGACGCUGCCUCGCCAGUUCCUAGGAAACAAGAUCGACGCCUACGGGGGGUUCCUGAGGUACAAGGUGCGCUACACGCUGCCCCGGGGGGAGACGGAGCCCCAGGAGAAGCCCGAGGUCGUCCUGGUGGGGGACGGGCGACGGCUGAUCUACCGGAGGAGCAACCCCACCCCCCCUCGAGCCAUCAAUCAGAAGGCCAUCAAGUUCACAGAGGAACACUGGCAGCAUUCCUCUGGGCGGCCGGUGACUCGCCAGGACCUGAUGAUGACCUUGGUCAAGCUGGACAGCAUCAACAUUCGCACCAUGUACAACAAGCGCAUGGUCACCUUGGCCCUGAGCGACAUCACCAUGGACACCACCAGCACGCAGAGUAGCACCCUGGGCCCCGCCCAAGAGGUGGAGGAGUGCAGGUGUCCCAAAGGGUACUCGGGCCUGUCCUGUGAGACCUGCUCCGCUGGUUUUCAGCGAACGCCCGGCGGGUCUUACCUGGGCACCUGUGCCGGCUGCAACUGCAACGGGCACGCCAGCUCCUGCGAUUCCGUCACUGGACACUGUGUGAGCUGCCGUCACAACACCGAGGGCCCGGCGUGUGACAAGUGCCGACCGGGUUUCUACGGCAACCCGCUGCGAGGUCGGGCAGACGACUGCAAGCCUUGCCCGUGCCCGCACGCCGAGCCGUCCCGCCGGUUCUCUGCCACCUGCUUCCUUGACCAUGACUCCCAGGCCACGUGUGAUGCCUGCAGGACUGGCUACACCGGACGCCGGUGUGAAAAAUGUGCCGCUGGCUACCAGGGGAACCCCCUUCAGCCUAACGGCAAAUGUGUUCCAAAAGCCAGCCCUGUAGUAAUCCCCAGCAGGCUAAAGUGUGACAGCAGAGGGGUGGUGAACUCAAACAGCAGCCCAUGCAGCUGCAAGCCCAAUGUGGAAGGAGAGCUGUGCGACGAGUGCAAGGCCGGCUCCUUCCACCUGACGGAGGACAACCCCGACGGCUGCCUGCAGUGCUUCUGCAUGGGCGUGAGCAAGCAGUGCGCCAGCUCCACCUGGAACAGAGACCAGGUACAAGGUAAUGGUGAUGGGAAGAACUUUGCCCUCUCCGACGGAGCCAACACCAGGACCAUCACGGAGGGCAUCAUUCAGAAGGAUGGCUCCGAGGUGGCCUUCCGAUCCUUCGCCAGUAUCCCCAGUGACGUCUACUACUGGGUCCUACCUGAGAGUUUCCGCGGAGACAAGGUGACCGCGUACGGAGGAGAGCUGCGGUACACGGUGCGCUACGAGCCCCGCCCACGUUUCGUGAUAACCACUGGGAAGCCAGACGUGAUUCUCCAGGGCAACGGCAUCUUCCUGGAGCACUUUUCCAAAACCAGACCCCUGGCCCGCACCCCGACCACCAUCAGCGUGCGAUUCAGGGAGUCUGCGUGGAAGCGUGCUGACGGGCAGCCCUGCACUCGUGAGCACCUCCUCAUGGCCCUCGCUGAAACUGCAGUCUUCAUGAUCAGAGCCACCUACACAGACAGCAUGUCUGUGAGCAGCAUUUCGGACAUCGAGAUGGACGUUGCAGUACCUCACUCCACAGGCAGGGGGCGGGCCCUGGAGGUGGAGGAGUGUGCCUGUCCGCAGGGGUACAAAGGGCCCUCCUGUCAGGAGUGCGAUGAGGGGUACACCCGCACGGGAUCGGGGCUCUACCUGGGCACCUGUGAGGAGUGCAGCUGCAACGGGCACGCCAGCGACUGUGACCCCGAAUCUGGGGAGUGCCUGCAUUGCCUUCACCACACUGAGGGUCCAAACUGCGAGCGCUGCGUUCCCGGGUUCUACGGUGACCCCAAAUCUGGCGGCGCAACAGUCUGUCAGCCCUGCCCCUGCCCCGGCAUCUCCCCAAACAACCAGUACUCCCAGCAGUGUUACCUGGACUCAGACAACCAGCCCACCUGCGACAGCUGUCCUCCGGGCUUCUCUGGCCGACGCUGCGAGAGAUGUUCUGCAGGAUACACUGGGAAUCCACUGCUGGGUCUGCCCUGUGUUGUCGGCAACGGAAACUGUGGUAGCUGUGACCAUAGAGGAAGUGAUGGUUGUGAUGGAAAUGGUGUCUGUCACUGCAAGGCACACACAGAGGGGCCCUCGUGCAGCUUGUGUAAACAGGGAUUUUUCCACCUGAGCUCCGCCCAUAAAGAUGGCUGCCUUCCCUGCUUCUGCAUGGGCGUCACCCAGCAGUGCUCCAGCUCCUCCUACUACAGGGACACAGUGUCCUCCAGCUUCGCCCCGGGCGAUUUCCAGGGCUUCGCGCUGGUGAACCGGCAGCGCACGGACCGCGUCGCCGCGGGCUUCACGGUGGAGGUGGCCGUGGACGGCGGCACCCAGCUGUCCUUCAGCCACUUCGCCAGCCUGCGGCCCGAAUCCCACUACUGGCAGCUCCCGGAGGCCUACCGGGGGGACAAGGUGGGCUCUUAUGGUGGUCGUCUGAGGUACACCCUCGGCUAUGUCGCCAGUUCCAGCGGGACACCCAUCGAUGAUUCUGACAUUCAGAUAAUUGGCAAUGACAUCACGCUGGUGGCUCGCCAGCCUUGGCCGAGGACACAGGAAGUGCGAGAGUCCCGCGAGUUUCAGAUCGUCUUCAAAGAGGAGUACUGGCGCCGCCCGGACGGGAUGCCCGCCACCCGCGAGCACCUGAUGAUGGUCCUGGCGGAUCUGGACGAGGUCCUGAUCCGCGCAUCCUACUACACCGACAUGCUGUCGUCCAGCAUCUCGGGCGUGAGCAUGGAGGUGGCCAGGCCCAGCUACAGCGACGGGACCUUGGCCCUGGAGGUGGAGCAGUGUCACUGCCCUCCCGGGUACCAUGGCCUGUCCUGUCAGGACUGCGCUGCUGGGUACACACGCACAGGGACUGGCCUGUACUUGGGUCACUGUGAGCGCUGCAAGUGCAACGGGCACUCCGCCUCCUGCCACUCAGAAACGGGCAUCUGCACGGGCUGUCUCCAUAACACCGUGGGUGAGCUGUGUGAACGGUGCGCCCCAGGUUUCUAUGGCGAUGCCACCACUGGAAGCCCUGAGGACUGCCAGCCCUGUGCCUGUCCAUACGCUGACCCUGACAACCAGUUUUCCCCCACCUGUGAGGCCCUGGGUGUUGGGGGGUACCAGUGCACCGCCUGCCAGCCCGGGUACACGGGACAGUACUGCGAGCGCUGUGCUCCCGGAUUCGUGGGAAACCCCCGGGAGAGGGUCAGGUGCCGCCCGUACGAAAACAGCGCGGAGUCCCUGGUGGUGAGGGUUUACCCCGAAAGGGUGCUGGCAUCCCAGGGCAGUCCCGUCACCCUCAGGUGUCAGGUGACCUCCUCUCCGCCCCACCAUUAUCAGUGGUCCCGGGAAGAUGGCCGCCCUCUGUCCAGCAGCGUGGAGAGACGCAGCUCUCAGCAAAGUGAGGAGCUGUAUUUCUCCAGUGUCCAGCCCAGCGAUGCAGGUGUUUAUAUCUGCACCUGUCGAGACCAGAAUGGUACUAACAAGAGUCGGGCCCAGAUUGUGGUGACCACUGGUUUGUCCAAACCAAUUCAGGUGGUGAUUGAGGAACCCAAAGCACAGAGUGUGACUGCUGGUUCAACAGUCAGCUUCAUCUGCACAGCCAAGAGCACGUCACCAGCGUACACCCUGGUCUGGACCCGUCGCAACAACGGCAAGCUGCCCAGCCGAGCCAUGGACUUCAACGGCAUCCUGACCAUCCAGAACAUCCAGCCGGACGACGCCGGCAUGUACGUGUGCACCGCCUCCAACAUGUUCGCCAUGGACGAGGGCACCGCCAUCCUCUAUGUCCCAGAAGCCUCUCAGACUCAGAUGUUUUACACAGCCUAUGAAAUGUUUGAAGGACAUAGAGCGCCUGCGGGGGGGUCCCAGCCCGUGGCCACCGUCAGCCCCCCCGUUCUAACCAUCCAGCAGGGCCAGCGGGCCGAGUUCCGCUGCACCGCGACCGGGACCCCCACACCCGCCGUGGAGUGGACCGGCGGGCAGGGAAGCCGCAUCACUCCCAGUGCUAUAAUCCGGGGAGGGGUCCUGGUCAUCCCUGCGGUGGAGCGCUCGGACGAGGCGGAGUACUUCUGCAGGGCGCUGAACACACACGGGGAACACACCGCCCGGGCGGUGCUCUACGUCCACAGUGCCAGUCUCCCGCAUGUCCAGGUGAGCCCCCAGCAGGUGGAGGUGCGUGAAGGGGAGACGACGAGGCUGUACUGCCGGGCCGGGGGAACGCCCAGCCCAGACCUCACCUGGAGGAAGAAGGACGGACAGCUCCCCCCUCAGGCCAUUCCCUCUCAUGGUUUCCCUCAGUUUAAAACCAACAGUCUCGAUGUGUUGCCGAGACACAUUGGGGAGCUGCAGGCCCGUAUGGAGCGCACCGACAUCGGCACACUGCUCAUCCCUAACGCGCGGGCCACGGACUCCGGCACCUACCUGUGCGUGGGCACCAACGCCGCCGGGUCCUCCGAGGCCCGCGUCCAGGUGACCGUGGUCCCAGGGGAUUCCAUCUCUUCUGCUAUCAGGAUCCAGCCUUCCAUAGCAUCUGUGCAAGUAGGACAGUCGCUGGACCUCAGCUGCAUUGUCCCCGGAAACCCUCCACCCUCUGUCACCUGGCAACGGGUGGGCAGGCCCCUUUCCUCCAAUCACAAGGUUCUGGGGAGCCAGAUGCGUAUUCUCCAGGCUUCUGAGGAUGACUCUGGGGAGUAUAUCUGCCAGGUGGAUGGUGGCCCAGUGCUCAGACAGGCCUCAGUGUCUGUGUCGGUCACGUCCAGCUCCUCCCGCUCGCCCACCCCCAUCGUCUCCAUCGAGCCGCACAGCACCUCGGUGCGCCUGGGCGAGUCCGUCAGCCUCCGGUGCCGCGUCCACAGCGGAGCGCAGCCCGUGCGCAUCGAGUGGAGGAUGUCCAACGGCCAGCCUCUGCAAGAUAAUGUGAAAAUUGGACCGGAUGGUUCUGUCAUCACCGUCGUCAGGAGUCGCCCCAGUAACCAGGGUACCUACCGGUGUUCCGCCAGCAACCUGUUUGGGAUAACUCAGAGCCUGGCCUCGCUCAUUGUAAAAGAGCCACCCAAAAUUACAGUAACACCCAAGGGGGUGGUGGUGGUGAAGGCGGGUGAGCCAAUCAACCUUGAAUGCAAGGCGACGGGUGAGCCACGCCCAUCCGUGAGCUGGCACAGACUCGACACCGCCCGCAAAACAGUACUCAACAGCCCUGUGCCCAUGGAGUCCAAUGCUGUAAUGCAGGUGCUCGCUGCCCGCCCCGAGGAUUCUGGGACUUACGGCUGCACGGCGCAGAACAGCGAGGGCUCUGCGGAGGUGAAGGUGGAGGUGAUGGUUCGGGGGGGGGCCCUGGUGCCCUCCGCCCCCCGUGCCUCGGUGCCUGAGCCCUUAAUGAUGGUUGUCGAGGGGCAGACGGUCACUCUUCACUGCAACGCCCACGGCUAUCCCACCCCGACCAUCACGUGGUCGAAGCUGCGAGCCCCGCUCCCCUGGAAGCACAAAGUGAUCAACGACAGCCUGGUCCUGCCCGGCGUCGGGCGCCAGGACUCCGGCCAGUACAUCUGCAACGCCACCAAUAACAUGGGCACCGCCGAGGUCACCGUUAUGCUGGACGUGGAGACCCCGCCGUACGCCACUAGCCUGCCGGACGACCUCUCGGUGCGGGUGGGGGAGGUGAUUCGGCUGCAGUGCCUGGCCCACGGGACUCCGCCCCUGCGGUUUGAGUGGUCCAAGGUGGACGGCAGCGUCCCCACGAGGGCGCAGGUACAGGCCGGGGACCUCCAGAUCAACCUGGCCACGGAGGCGGACGCCGGCACCUACCGGUGCAAGGUCACCAACAACGUGGGCUCCAGCGAAGCCCGGGCUAAAGUCUCGGUCACGUCCCCCCUGGCAGUGCGCGUGUCCCCCCAGGUGGAGGUGAAGACGCCGGGCGGCUCCGUGGAGUUCACCUGCUCGGCUAACGGCGGCGAGCGGACCUCCGUCGUGUGGCUGAAGGAGGGCGGGGACUUGCCCCCGAACCACCGCGUGGUGGACGGGGUGCUGAGGAUGGAGAGUCUGGAGCAGAGCGACGCGGGAUUCUACAUCUGCCGCGCCACCGGCGAGUUUGGGCAGGCCCAGGACACCGCCAAGCUCGCCAUCCAAGCCUUGCCCAAGGUGAUGAUCAACAUCCGCACCUCGGUGCAGACAGUGAUGCUGGGUAACUCCGUGGAGUUUGACUGCCAGGCCAUCGGGGAACCCAAGCCCACCGUGAGGUGGAGCAGGGUGGGGGGGUCGCUGCCCGCCCACGCGGUGGUGCUGGGGGGCAUGCUGAAGAUCGAGCGGGUGAAGGACUCCGACGCGGGCCAUUACCGCUGCACCGCCACCAACAACGUGGGCUCCGUGCAGUCCCAGGUCCUCCUUCACAUCCAGUCUCUUCCCCAAAUCACUGCCCAGCCUGAGGUGAAGGACGUGACUCUGGGGUCUAGUGCGGUCUUCCCUUGCAUGGCCACAGGAUAUCCUGUCCCAGAGGUCAAAUGGUCCAAGAAGGAUGAAGAGCUGCCAUCCAAAGCCGUGGAGGAGGCCAAUGUCCUGACCAUCCCAAACGUGACGGCCGAGGACUCUGGAGCGUACGUGUGCACGGCUUCCAACAAACAGGGAAAAGUCCAGGCCUUCUCCACGCUCAGAGUGCACGAGCGAGUGGUGCCUUACUUCACCCAGACCCCUCUCUCCUACCUCACGCUGCCCACCAUUAAGAAUUCUUACAAGGCAUUCAACGUCAAAAUCAGCUUCCGGCCCGACACCACCGAUGGCAUGAUGGUCUACAAUGGGCAGAGGAAGACCACGGGCGCUGACUUCAUCUCGCUGGGGCUUGUGGGAGGUCGUCCAGAGUUCAGGUUCGACGUUGGCUCGGGCAUGGCCACCAUUCGCUACCCCACCCCCAUCAAGCUGGGGGAGUUCCACACGGUGGAGAUCUACCGCAACCAGACCCAGGGCUCCAUGGUGGUGGACGGGGGGCCCCCUGUGAACGGCAGCUCGCAGGGGAAAUUCCAGGGCUUGGAUCUGAACGAGGAGCUGUACGUGGGCGGUUACCCAAACUACAGCCUCGUUUCCAAAACGACAGGCCUCAAAAGUGGCUUUGUGGGAUGUAUCCGUCAGCUGAUCAUCCAAGGUGAUGAGGUCAUUUUCAAAGUCCUGGACCGCAGCUCCACCGGGGUUUCCAAUUGUCCCACUUGCAAAGAUCGUCCGUGUCAGAACGGAGGUGUGUGUCGAGACUCGGAGACGAGCAGCUAUAAGUGUGACUGCGCACGAGGAUUCACUGGGAGCAACUGUGAACACCACUCCGCCCUGCACUGUCACACAGAGGCCUGUGGACCAGACGCUACCUGCAUCAACCGCCACAACGGGCUGGGCUACGACUGCCGCUGCCACCUGGGCAAGUCUGGGGACAAGUGCAUGGAGGGCACUUUGGUGACCACGCCCUCGUUCGAUGGCGAUGACUCCUUCAUUGCCUACCCGCCCCUCACCAACAUCCACAACGACCUGCGGGUGGAGCUGGAGUUCAAGCCGCUGGACCAGGACGGCCUCAUGUUCUUCAGCGGGGGGAAGAAGAUGAAGGUGGAGGACUUUGUGUCCCUCUCCCUUGUGGACAGUCAUGUGGAAUUCCGCUACGAGCUUGGGACAGGCAUGGCGAUCCUACGCAGCCAGGAGCCCGUGACCCUGGAACAGUGGCACCGCGUCACCGCCGAGCGCCUCAACAAAGAUGGCUUCCUGAAAGUGGACCAGGCUCCGGAGGUCAGGCGGUCGUCUCCGGGGAAGGCGCAGGGCCUCAACAUCCACACGCCCAUGUAUCUGGGCGGAGUCCCCAGCAUGGACAUCCUGCCCAAAGCGGCCAACGUCAGCAUGCUGUUUGAGGGCUGCAUAGGCGAGGUGCUGAUCAAUGGGAAGAAGGUGGACCUGUCCUACAGCUUCCUGGAGAGCCGGGCGGUCGGGGAGUGCUCAGACAGCAGCCCCUGCGAGCGGCAGCCAUGCCUGCACGGGGGCACCUGCCUGGCCAGCUCAGAGGACCAGUACCAGUGCCUCUGCCAAGAUGGCUUCCAAGGUGAGCGUUGUGAGGUGGUGAAGGACACCUGUCAGCACAGCGCCCAGUGUCUGAACGGGGGCACCUGCUCCGACCGCCGCUGCGUGUGUGCCCCUGGGUACACGGGCCUGUUCUGCGAGAGCGAUUCCCCGGUUCAGUAUGCUGCGUACUUUCAUGAUGAUGGGUACCUGACUCUGCCGAAGCCAAUCUUUCCCAGAAGCUCACCAGACGCCCCCGAGACCAUCGAGCUGGAGAUCCGCACCGUCUCCCCGGAGGGCCUGAUCUUUUGGCAGGGGGUGGAGCCGACGGGCGCUUUGCGCAAGCUGCAUGCUAGACGCAAGGAACUUGGAGAUCAAGGAAAAGGCAAAGACUUUAUAAGUCUUGGUUUACAAAACGGUCAUCUUGUUUUCAGUUACCAACUGGGCAGCGGAGAGGCAGAGAUUAUCUCUAAGGAGCCCGUUAACGAUGGCAACUGGCACAAGCUAACUGCAGUGAGGACCGGUAAACAAGGCUACCUCCAAGUUGACGGAGGCGCCCCACGGAAAGGACAGUCACGGGGCAGAAUGAUCAUGGUGGACACCAAAGGCAACAUAUUCCUGGGCGGGGCUCCGGACAUGACGGCGCUGACGGGCGGGAAGUUCUCGUCGGGGGUCACGGGGUGCAUACGGAACGUGGUGCUGGAGAACGCGCGGCCCGGCGAGCGGCCGUUCAGGCCCGUGGACCUGCGCACCCACGCCGCGGACGGCGUCAACGCGGAACGCUGUCCGUCGUAGACGGCUAGCGGAGACAGGAGCCAUGAAGACUUCCGCUUAAAACAAACACAGCUUUUCAGACACGCACACUCAGGCUUUUUACUCACAAACACAUUCACACUUGUGACAGGAUAAUGGUGCUCAGCUGUUAAGGACUGCUAACCAAAACCAAAGCAUUAGUCUCCCCUUGGUGCUGUAUAAAUACAGAAAAAAUAAAUACAAAAAAAAAAAAAAGACUGAUGAAAAAAUAAUAUUAGCCAUUUUUCACAAACUUAAUUUUUGCAUUUUUUAAUGAAGGACUCUUACUAAAGAGCGUCAAUUUCAGUCUACAUAUUCCCUGCAGUAGCAUUUAACUACGAAGAGAAAGUUAGGCCUUUAACAGUGGUGUAGAUCUGGAACUGAAGAUGCUUUUAGCACUGAAUCUUAUUUAUACACAUACAUGCAUACACGCAAACUUACACACAGAGGCGCACACACACAUGCACACGCAUACACACACAUACACACAUACACACACAGACCAGCACAGCCCUGAAGCACACACACACACACACACGCAAGCAUAUUUAAUAUAUAUAUAUAUAUACAGUAGUGUGGAGGUGGGGAGAAGAUAAACUAACAAUAUCCCGCUAUUCUCUUUCAUGGAGUGAUUCUGAGCUCUGCUGAUGCUAUUGUGACCUAGGAGAGUUGAUACUUGAAGUUUAGACCUGCUCUAAUUUCAUCUCUCUUGCCUUUUUCUUGUUUCUUUCCCGAACUCAUUUCCGCAAGCCUCCUCAGUCAGAUUUUUAGCACACCCACAGCACACCCACAUCAGUGUACCGGACCUCAGGUGAAGAGCAAAUGUGAAGCAGUGAGAUGCUCUUUGCUUUUCAAAACAAUUUCUUUUUUCUCUUUUUGCUUAUUCUACUUCUACUACUUCUUUUUUUUUUUUUUUUUUUACAGAAAAUUAGUAUUCCUUCAGUAUUUUUAAUAUGAUAAAAGUCUGGCCAACUGGUCGAAUGUUGGGGAAAAAGUAACUUUUGUAUUCUGUUGUCUAUAAUCUGCUUAGAUUUUCUCCCCUCCUCCCCCAGUGUGGAAUUCAGAUAUAAUUGUACCACCAAAAUCCGUGUAACUUAAUGGGAAAUUUAACCAGUUUUCAUCAUGAUUUAGUAAUCAUAGCUGCCGUUGCCAUAACUACUGUACGGAAAAGCCUCUGUGUCGCCCUGUUGUUAAGGGAUUCACAUAGUUACAUUAAGUGGAUCUCAAAGACUGAUAGAAGAUGUAAAAUAUGUUGUUUUUUAAGAACAAAGUUUAAAUCUAUUUCUUACUAAAUUCUAAUUUUCUUAUCAAAAAAUAACUUAUUUUGUUUUCCUCAGACGUAGUCAUUGCAUUAUCUCUUUAUCUCAAAUAAAAACCGAUUGGACGUGUCUUUUUUUAUUUGUGUAAUUUUAUAAUGCAUCAGAAGCUCCUCCGUGAGCGAACCGUGUUGUAUCUCUUAAUCCAGACUCAGCCCAUCGCUCUCUCAGAAGCCCAACCCUCUCACGUGCAGCUCGCUCGUUCCACCUCUCAGAUCCGGCUCCUGAAUACGACAGUUCCUGCGUAGCGCGCCGCUUUGUCGCAUUAGUUGGGUUGCGGUAAAUCCGCAGAACCGAGUGGCGACGCAUGUUAUAAAGUGGGUGGCAUUUUCCAGAUGCACCCGUGACCCAUAACAGCAUUGAGCAAGGUCCCCCAGGUCUUCAGACCUCAAUGAAGUUGGCGGUUCACUGGGAGUUCACCUACUUUUAUGAGCAUUAGGCGUUUAUGAGCGUUCAGCUCGAGUGCUUUGUCCUUAUUGAGCAGUGCUCAUCACGGUUAAUGGAGCUUGCUGCCUCAUUUCCAAUCUAAUCCAGCACUACUACUUCAAAAAUGUGUUUCUUCGUUUUUUGUAUUUAUUUGCAUUUUAUUCUUAUGUUUGUCGCUUUCAGUUGUGAUUAUGCUACUGUAGAGCUAUUUAAGAAGCUUGCUCUUUUAUUAUUUUAUUGUGGGUUCCAGUUCUUCCACCUUGUAUGGGUUUUGGGUUUGAUUUGAGUGGGGCUCCUACAGGUACAGACACUCGCAGGUAUUUCUGAUAUGAAAGGGGUCAGUCUAGAUAAUAUAAGAGAAUAUUAUAUAAGAGCCAAAUAUAAAGACUCAAUAUUCUGAUGAUAUAAAUUGCUGGAUUGACUAUGAGAGAUUUGAUUAUUGUUUUCUUGUUAGUUUUGUUCUGCAGAAGUUCCUGCUCACGUUUCAUUGCGUUUCGUUUAAUGCUUCUAUGUUUUGUUGCUUGUCCUGGCUGUGAUCCUUGUUUGAGCACUGGUUGAACAAUUUAAAAUACAGAAUAUAGAUAUAGGACAUAGAUAAAAUAUAGAAGUAAAAUUCUGCCAGUCUUUUGGGGGUGGGAAUCCAUAGCCAUUUAAAAUGCCAGAUCACACAUCUGAGCAUGUGCAUAAGAACCCUGUAUUGUAUUACAGGUAUGUGCCAUAAAUUAUUGGUCUAGACAGUGGAUUCAGAUAUCCAUAUUCUGUUUUUUUUUGUUGUUGUUUUUUUAAAAAAGGAUUUGUGCACACACACCAGAAAACUGCAAAAAUACCAGUAACAUUCCGUAAGAUGUAACACAAAGCAAUCCUCUGUGAGGGAUUUUGCCUUAUCAGUCAGUCAGAUGAACAGAAAUAAAUCAAUAUAUAGAUAUAUAUUAUUAUAAAAUUAUAGGAACACAUGAUUAUAUUUUAAAGGGGGUUCUUGAAACUUCAAUUUAAAAAUGUCUUCUUUGUUAUGAAAAAAAGGUUAAUUGUAUUAUAGGCAAAAAUAGGCAACAAAAAAAAGAAAAAGAAGGAAUGCCUUUUAGAACUCCUGGGGCUGGAUGUGUGUUGUGUAAAACUGUCCACCUGACAAAUGCUACUUCUCAUUACUGUAUCUUUAUUCCCCUCUAAUUCUGAAGGACUUACCAUACCCCCUGUGUCGCUUCAUUAAACCAUUCGUGAGCUAUUUUUAA